CGCAGAUCACGUGAGGCAUCUCCGUCCAACAUGGCGGCGCCCGCAGUGUGCAGUUUCUCCCCGCUGGUGUGUGCGUGCCGGUGGAGAUUAACGGGAAUAACGGCGCUCAGCAGCGGCACCGCGGGAAUCCAGCACCGGCCCGGGAUCGGUUUCUGCCCCGCCAGAGCCGCGGCGCGGAGCACACAGGACCAGCAGCUCACACACAUCCCUGUAGAUAAACUGAAGGUCUCCUACAGCCGCAGCAGUGGAGCAGGCGGUCAGCACGUCAACAAAGUCAACACAAAAGCAGAGGUGCGUUUCCACGUGCAGACGGCGGACUGGCUUCCAGAGACCCUGAAGAGCCAGAUUCUGCUGAAGCACCAGUCGCGCAUUAACAAAGCCGGAGAGCUGUUUGUGCGCUCAGAGAUCAGCCGCAGCCAGCGGAGGAACCUGCAGGAGUGUGUGCAGAAGCUCACAGCGCUGAUCCAGGAGGCGGAGCAGCAGGAGGCGGAGCCAAGCCCGGAGGACCAGGAGCUGUGGAAGAACAGGUUAAAUAAGAGGAAUCUGGAAAGACUCAAGCAGAAGAAGAUCCACUCUGCUACUAAGCGAGCGAGGCGACCAGACUUCGACUGACCAGCAGCAUCUGAUCUGGAGUUCAAUAAAAUAUUAAAUCAC